AUGCAACCAGCAAAAGACAAUUCAAUGGUUGAAGGAGCCACUUCUUCUCAACUCGAUAUCAUCCGUCUCUCACUAUUGAACAACGUCCAAGGUGUGCAACUGAGUGGUGUACCAGGUACCAUCCUUUCACACGGUCCGUACAGUGUCCCUUUGAUUGUCGGUUCAGAUUCAGUUCCCAUCGUAGUGGCUUCAACUUACUUGACUUCAGAAAAUAAUAGUGGUAGAAUUUGCGCAUUUUCUCAUAACGGUUUCAUAGUGGGAACGAAAGGAACAGAUUUGGGUAAUUUAUUGUUGAACUGUGCUCAAUGGGUGACUCAUUAUAAGAGUAGUAAUGUCUUGUUUAUGGUUCAUGGUGUCAACUCAAAUGAUGCAUCAAAUUUGUACGGAACACUCCCUGGAUUUUCCUUGUUCAAGAAUACUACCAAUGCAUUCGACAGUAAUAUUCGUCCAUUGGAGGUAGUUGAUUUGUUAAUUCUCAAUUUGAAUAAUGUUGGACAAGUCUCAAGUGAAAUGUUUCAAAUGAUGGACAAUUAUCUCAAAAGAGGUGGAGGCAUCAUUGUGGGUGUUACUUCAUGGGCUCAUUCUCUCUCUUCUCCUCUAUAUAACUUUCCAGGAAAUGUCUUCUUUACCAAAACAGGAAUUUCGUUUAGCAAUAAUUAUGCAUCUUCACCAUAUGUGAAUGCUAACUCUGUGGUUCAAUACAAUCCGUAUUUCAAAUUGGAUGCAAUUUUGCAAUCAAACACAAUUCCAUCCUCUUUCAGUGAAGUGAAACAAAUAGCGACAACUUUAGACAGAAUUAGAUUUACAUUGAUACCACCGGUUGUAAUGGCCGAGCAGAAUGUUGAAAUGUUUUCGAAAACUUUGGCUGUAUAUAAUGCAAAAUGUACCGGAUUGUCACUCGUCACAUAUCCUAUUUCCACCAUAGACAAAAAGUUUUGUGUCUUUCUUGCCAAAGUUUUGAACUCUAUCAAUACUUUACCACUCUCAAACAAUCCUGAAAUACAAGCUGGAGAGAUCUUUCCUGGUCUUCCUCAAGGCAAUGUGAAUUCUCGAAACACAAAAUCCACAACUGUCACCAUUCAAAUUUCAUCCACACGAAGACGUUGGCAAUGUACAGGUUAUUAUGCUCUUCCAGGAGCCAAUAUAACAAUCACUGUGAGUUCACCAAACUCUGUCGAAUAUAUUCUCAUUGGAUCACAUACAGACAAUUUGGAAAAUUUAGAUGAAUGGAAUAGAUGGCCUUCAAUCUCCUCACAAUACUACAUCUCUUCAGGAAAUUCCACAUCAUGGUUUAUUGCAUUUAAUGGAGGUACUAUAUUCGUUUCUUUGAAAACAAUUCCAGUAACCGAUUUGAGUGUGACCAUUAGUGGACAAAUUGUGAAAACUCCGUUCUGGCGUUUUGACAAACAUACUAAUGCAGAUUGGAUUAAUACCAUUCGAAAUGAACCAGGACCAUGGAUUGAGGUUGAAACUGAACAUGUAUCUAUUAAUGUUCAAUCCACCCCUUUUUGCGAGAAAUAUAACAGAUAUUAA